UGACCAGAUAAGGCGCGCGCCACUACCACCACACGCAAAGCGUCCAAGAAAACCCAUCGAUGGGCAUGGGGACACUGCCCGUCGCCCACAAGCUCUCGCUCGCCUCCCCCUUCCUCCCGCGGCACCGGAGGGGCUGUCGCUCCCCCGUCCAGCACUGCCGGCGCCGGCGGCAUGGGGCGGUGGUGGCGUACAUGGAGCCGGAUCCGAACUCGCCAGCGGCCAUCUUGGGUCGCAUCGUCGGGGCCCUCCCCGUGGUGGGCCUCGUGGCGCGCAUCCUGAGCGACGACGGUGGCGUCGGCGGCGACACCGUCGACUUCGCUGAGUUCCGGCGCCGCGUCAGCAAGAACUGCACCGUCAUGGACUCCCAGGCCUUCUACGACUUCAACGACCGCCGCGGCAAGGUAGGAGACCCCUUCUAUGUUCUGCUGUGCUGCUGGCUGGCCGCCAUUGGUGCCGGGCUGCUGAAAUCAGAGGAGAUCUUGGAAGGCGUGGCUCGGCUCCGCAUGUCCAACGACAUCGAGUACGAGGAGGAGACCUUCCUCGAAAUGAUGAAGAUUGCAAGAGAGAAACGGGCAAAGUCGAAGGGCCAGGCUCCGCAGGUACCCAUGGAGGUGCGCGCGGAGAAGGCGUUGGAGGCCAUCUACGUGUGCUGCUUCGGGCAGGACAUGGUGGAGCCCGAGGACGAGGAGCUCCUGUGCGCGAUGCUGAACGCGGUGUUCCCGUCGGUGGGGAGGCCGGCAGUGGAAAGCAUGGUGUCUACUUUGGCCAAGCAGGUGGCCUCCGGGGAGAGGAGGGGCCCCGACGCCAAGGUCGUGUCAAAGGAAGUGGCGGCGCGGCAACUCAAGGACCUGGAGUUCCUGAAGGAGAACAAGCUGGACUCGAUAUGAGGAGGGGAACAUUUUUGGCAGGUAGAUCGAUUGGCACUUUCAGUUCGAGGAACAGACGAAGAUAAUGAUUUUUUUAAUGUAGAAAGAACCAACUAUCGUAGGAUUGCAACACAGUUUGCACCGUCGAUAGAGUAGCAUGCAGGGCAUUGCAUGGUAGAAGAUGUGACUUGUGAAUGUGAGUUGUGCAACUUGAAAAUACUGUUGCGAGAUGUGACACACUCUGGAUUACAUGUUAAUGCAGUAGUACAUUUGCUA